GCCACUAAACACUAAACCAGUUCUUUAAGAUUUCCAAAACAAUUUUGUUUACAAUUUUUUAUUUUAUGAAAAACUAAUUUCAUCAUCUGCCUUACUAGUUCAUUUUGUAUAGUUAUGUAGUUUUUUAAUAAUGAGUUUCAAUUAUGUGGAAAUGUAAAUAAAAGUGUUUCAAUAUCAACGUAUUCAUUUAUUCAUAAACAUGACUGAACAAAUUUUAACUAUUAAUCUCGUGCUGGAUAAUAAGACUGUGGAAGUUCCAUACACAAAUACAACAACUGCAGAAGAUGUUUGCAUUCAUGUCUGCAAAAGUCUGGGUAUUGGACCUCUGGCAAGACAUUUGUUUGCACUUCGAUUAACUGGAAAAUAUUUAUUCCUUACCCCAUCUGCUUGUUUUGGACCGAAAUAUGUAGUCUUCGAUUUGAGAAUUCGUUUCAAAGUAUCAAGGUUACAAGAUUUGAGAAAAUUAGAUGCCAGAGCAUAUGAUUACUUCUUCCACCAGGCAAGAAUAGAUUUGCUUAAAAAUAAAAUUCCUGACAUGGUUUUUGAAAAAUUCAAAAAAGAAUUAGUGGGACUAGGUAUAACUGAUAUGUACAGAGUUAUGUUAGAAAAAGAUAUCCCUAAGGAAAUAGUGGAGAAUGAAUAUAGAAAAUACAUUCCAAAAGAAGUUUUGAAGCGUCAUGCAUUUUUUAUCAAGAAACCGAUACGGGAAACAUUGUCAAAACUGCAGAAAACAAAACAUGACGUAGGAUUUGUAAAAGACGAAUACCUGAAUCAACUAAAUCUCUUAGCACCUGAUUAUCUCUCAGAGACAUACAAAGCAGUUAUGGACCAAGAUGGCUCCACUAUCCAUAUAUUGAUCAAAGUAUCACCUCCUAAUAGUUCCUCUGAAAAUGAUGAAGCUAAUCUCGCUGCAAUCAAAUACAGUCUGGAAAGUAAAAAAGAUAAAUGGCAAUUGAUUGGUACUAUUGAAGACAUGGCCUAUGUUUCAAUCAGGAUUGAUGGUACAGUAGAAAUAAGUAGGACAAAUGGUAUUCCAUUUUAUUUGAAGUUUAACGCACUUCCGAGUAUGUGGUCUUUCAUAAGUCUCUUAGAUGGUUAUUAUAGACUCUCGUGUAAGUGGACUUUUAAUAUUUGUAAAGAUGCUCCUACUCCAUCUCUACAGAAACUGUAUAUAAUGAAGUGCCAUGGACCUGUAGGGGGAGAAUUUUCUUAUGCAAAAUUGGAAGAGAAACGAUCUAAUAGACCAGGAUGUUUCAUUAUCCGAGAAAGUGAAACAAAGUAUAACCAAUAUUUCAUUGAUGUCUGUAUAAAAAAUAGGUUAAUAUCUAAAGACAAUGAUAAUGCUUCUUCUAAAGAAACAUUUUGUCGUAGCUCAAAACCAAAAACAUUUAAAUUAGAAAAAAUUAGCAAAGAUGAAUACAUAUUCAAUGAUGAUUUAACAAGGUACAAAAAUAUACAUCAAUUGAUCUCUGCUUACAAUAAUCCAAAUGGGCCUAUUUUUCUGCAAGAAUGCCUACCGCCCUCAGAAUAUGAUAAAUCUCCUCUUCUAUUGUGUCACAAGGAAAACCUAUCAGGAAGUGCCCUUGCUGAUGCAUCAUCUCUAUCAGUACUCAUUCCAAAGAUUCCUAUUUGCAUCGACUGUAAUGACCUUCAAGUCUACAAACUACAAAAGAAACACGGGUCCCAGGGUAUUACUCUAGUUCACAGAUGUAUGUGGAAAAUCACCAAAACGAAAAAAAUUGAGGUUGCCAUGAAAUUAUUGAAAGAAGAUUGUUCGGAAAAGUACCUGAAGAGCUUCCUCAAUUUAACAGGUAGCUGGGCCUUUUUACAAUCUAAAAGUAUUGUAAAAUUAUAUGGUAUUACUUUAACCCCAAACGUGUCUAUGGUAAUGGAAUAUUUUCGCCUUGGACCUUUGAACACGUACCUCAAAAAACAUAAAAAUAUCCUCAAAACAGUUGAUCUUAUAGAAGCUGGUAGUAGUUUAGCAUCUGCCCUCUGGUACCUGAGCGAAAAAAGAAUUGUCCAUGGUAAUAUUAGAUGUCGAAAGUUGAUGGUAGAUAUUCACGAUGAUAAUUCAUUCAUUGUAAAGUUGAUGGAUCCUGGAAUACAUACUAGUUAUGGACAAAAUGAGGUAUAUUGGAUACCAGUAGAAUGCUAUUCAAAUUUAGAUUAUGCAAGGAGGUCGAGCAAUGCAGAUGUAUGGGCUUUCGCCACAACUCUAUAUGAAAUAUUUACAUUUGGAGAAGAGAUUAAUCUAAUGGAUCCUUUGGAAGCUAAAGAGUGGUUCAGAGGUGGUAAAACUCUACCUAAACCUCCAGAAUGUCCAGAUAAUAUUUACCAUGUGAUGAGAGAAUGUUGGUAUUUGGAUUCCGACAGAAGAAAACAUCCACAAGCCAUAAUGCGAGACAUAAAUCAGAUACUGUACCAAGUGUAUAAUUCACGCCGACAACAUUCCUAUGCAAAAGUUUUUACAAAAUCGAAAGUGAAUGGUACACCAAGCAUAUCUGGUUUAUCUACUAGCAGUAUGAUGUCAAAUAACACAGAAAGUACUUUACUUUGCAAAUCUGAAGAUAUUGCUAAUUCUGAAGAUGGAGAAAUAUCAGAAUGUUCAAGUUAUUCAGGAGGAUUAUCUCAAUGUGCACUCUUGAGUUCUCAGGAUAUGUUGAACCAAGAAGAUACCCAAUCAUGUAACUUUUCUAAUAUUUUGUCAAGUUUCAAUUUCCCAACAUCCGUUACCUCUCUUGAUAGCAUGAAUUCAUUGCAAAGUAUUUUUGAAUUAGAUGAAUGUUGCAAUGUAGUGUUACAAGGAAGAAUUGGGCAGGGCUUUUAUGGUGAAGUUUACAAAGCAACAUUAGAAUAUUAUGAUAAUACAGUUCAAAAUAACCCAAGACAAGUUGCUGUCAAAAAAUUAAAAUCGUCAGGAAUAUCAUCUUCUCUGCAAGAUUUUGAAAGGGAAAUCAAUAUAAUGAAAACAUUACAACAUCCCAAUAUUGUUGAGAUCCUUGGAGUCGUGAGAGAUCCGGAAAUCCUUUUAAUUAUGGAAUUUGUUCAACAUGGAUCACUCCAGAGCUAUUUAAAAAUAAAUAAAGAUUCAUUGCAUACGAAGCAGCUUCUUAAGUAUGCUUUAGAUAUUGCUAAGGGAAUGCAUUACCUCGGCCAAAAAAAUAUUGUCCAUAGAGAUCUUGCAGCCAGAAAUAUACUUGUGGUGGAUGAAAAUCACAUAAAAAUUUCAGAUUUUGGUCUUGCUCAGGCAAUAGGUACUAACGAAUACUACAUAUUAAAGACAAAUAGAGAAUUGCCUAUAAAAUGGUAUGCUCCAGAAAGUUUGAGGGACGGAAAGUUUUCUGUAAGAUCAGACGUAUGGUCCUUCGGAGUAACAAUGUGUGAAAUGUUCAAUUGUGGGGAAGAACCGAAAUUAGCUAAUAUGGAUGAUGUGGAACAGAAGGGGCAAGAACAAGAAAUACUUCUUAAUGCUUUGGCCACUGGAGCAAGGUUUCCAUGUCCACCUAUGUGCCCGCAAGCAGUUCAUAUAAGGAUUAUUUAUCCUUGUUGGCAAAAUGAUCCCCACGAGAGGCCGUCUUUUUCAAAAUUAAUAUCUGAAACAGAGGAUCUCUUAACACAAUAUUGAAUGUACGCUCUUAGCUGCACUUUCGGAAACAUCCUAUAACGAGAUCUGACGAUAGAUUUUGAUAACUCAUCUUGUUAUACGAUUCUAAUUUUUAGGUGGCUGUGCUGAUUACAUUUUCGAUUCUUAUCAUUCUGAUUUCACGAAAAUUUUCCCCAGUUUGAAUUUAAUUCGUGUACAUAAUUUCCUCCACUAACGCCAAGCGCACAUAAGCUUUUCUAGUUAAAAGAUUCUAAAAUCAGUCAUGCAUCUGAUGAACUGAAAGAAAAUUUAUCUUGUUGAUAAUAGAUUCAACAUAUUUUGUUGAAACUAAUUUUGAUAUUUCCUUGUAAUGUCUGAAUAUGUCUUGAAUUAACUACAAUCUUCAUGUAUUUUCAAUUCAAUCAACAUUAAGCUAAAUUGGUAAAAGUUAAACAUGAACUUUUAAUAUUGAAGUUAUGACAAAACUGUUAUUAUUGUAUCAAAAUGAUAUUUUUUCGAAAUAAUUGUGAUUUCAAAUUAAGUACAAAACUGUUAAUACACAUGAAGUUAUGGAUUUUCUGAAACUUGUUUGUUGGGGAAAGAAUUUUAUGUUGACAAAUGUUUUAUAUUUUCAAACUCCAAGAGACUGAAUUAGUUUUAAGCGAAUAUUCUAGAAAUAUUAUUGGAACAAUUUCUACUUAGAAACUCAAAAUUGUGAUGAAAUCACAAUAUUGGAUGAAAAAAAAAACGAAAAUAUGUAAGACCAUGUUAAAAACAUAAUUCAAUAUUUUUUCCUUUGUUACAGCAUAUUUGAAUUUAAACGUAAAUAAAUAAGGAUGCAUAAUGUCUGGAAUAAACAAUUAACUCUUAAAUUAAAAUAAUUUUGACUUUCAAAUUGAAGUUGUAGUGAGUGAAUAAGUAUACUCUUAUCCACGGAAUCUUAACAUACGUUUUGAUUAUGUCAUCUUCAGAAAUAAAAAAGUACAAAGUAACUUUAUGUAAAGAUUCCAUGGAUGAGAAUGUACUUAUUGCAAAUAGUAGAACUUUGUUGAAACACUUGGUCCACUGUAAACUCAAAAAAUUUCAAUUAGAAUGAAUAAUACUUAUUCCAAUAAUUUUCAGAAAACUAUCUAGACGUUAUGUUUUGUGAUAAUAUAUAUUGAUAUUGAACGUUUCAUAUUUUGGAAGAAAUUUUAUAACUAUUGGAAUGAUUAUUGAGGAGCUAGGAAUCUCUCCAGAUUGGUUUUAUUAUUAUGUGUAAAAACUUAAAUUUUAUACUACAAAAUGCAAUUUAUUGUAGUUUUAUAAGAAAUCCAAUUUUUUGACCCAUGUUGAAAGUGUCUGUGAGAAUUUGGACUUAUACUAAAAUUUGACAUUUGUUCAAUUUUUAUUGAAUGAACUCCAAUUUCAUGACAUGAAAAAUUUUUGUGCCAUUUUAGUGCAAUAGUUGUAAAUGACUAUAAUUGUAAAAUAUAUAUACUCCAACAAAGUAUUUUUGUUUCUUAUCUCCAUUCCAUUCAACUGCAAAAUAAUCUAGAGAAACACAGAUUCCCAAUGAGGGAAUUCAGGAGCUUCUGAAACCUCGUUUAUUUAAUCGCCAAUUGCUCCCUUAAAAACCACAUACAUACCUAUAUGCAGUUAUGUGGUCUCCAAGAGUACAAUUGACGCAAGAAUAAAUCAGCGCCCAAAAGCUUCUGACUCAUACAACAUUUUGAGUUUUAUAUUUCUCACAAUAUCAAAGUCUGGCAGACUCACCAUCUCAAUGCCUUUUCGUCAAUAAUUUCUCCUGCUUUAUUCGUUUUUUGGAUAUUUAAAAAACGUUUAGGUACUGUGAAACGACAUGAAAUUAACGUCUGUAUAUCCUCAAAUUCUUGAGAAAUUAAUUAAUUAAUUUUUUUUUCUAUUUUUCAGAACUAACAUAAGUAGCAUUCUUCCAGACUAAUCCAAAUCAUCUAAAGCUGAACUUUAAUGUCACCGUUCUUUCGUUUUCUGUAGUUUGAGAUUAGUUUACCCAAUUUCAUUCCAAGAAUGAAACUAAAAACUAACCUAGCUCGUGAGGUACAUUAGAUUAGAUGAGUUGAAGUCACAGAUUACCUCCAAGUUUUAGACUAGUUGGAAAGAACACUACUUUAGUCUAGUCUGGAAUCUAGAUGAAGGUCGUGUAGAUGAUAAGUAAUCAAAAAUAAUAAUAAUCCUUUGGUCUUGAUGAAACUAUUCAUUUUAUAUUUUGGGUGAAUUGAUGCACGUUAGCUAUAUUCAUAUAUAUCUUUAUUUUCAAUAUAUUAUGAAUAUAAAGUUAAUACACAAGGAAUCUCAUUUGCAAAAGAUUCCAUAAUUAAAUGGGAGACAAUAUGAGUGGAGAACAGGCUGCACUACAAGAUGCAAAUGCCGCAUUACAGGCGGCCAAAGCAGGAGUAGCAGCAAUUAUUGCACCUGGUACUGUUCCAAAUGUAAAUCCGGCUGCGCCGAAACAUGCAACCACAAGACCUGCACAAGCCGCUUGGCAAAUACCAUACGUGAGAAGAACCAUUUUGGAUUCC